GAUGGGACAGUUUUCGGGAGGAUGCUGCUUGAGUUUUGGCAUCCUCCUGCUUCUUGGUUUGCAUGUACCGGCAACGUUAGGAAGAGGCCCCCGCGGUGAAAACCUGCAACAUGGCCAGUCCGGGACCCUGCCACACUUCCUGGAGGAGCCUGUUGAUGCUUACAUCAUCAAGAGCAACCCCAUCAAGCUCCGAUGUCAAGCUCGGCCCGCUCUCCAAAUCUUCUUCAAGUGUAACGGUGAAUGGGUCCACCAGAGCCAGCACAUGUCCCAAGAGCACACUGACUUGGGAACAGGGUUGAAGAGCCGCGAGGUGAUGAUCAACGUGUCACGUCAGCAGGUGGAGGACUUUCACGGCCCAGAGGAUUACUGGUGUCUGUGCGUCGCCUGGAGCCACCUGGGAACCUCCAAGAGCCGCAAGGCAACUGUGCGGAUCGCCUAUCUGAGGAAGAACUUUGAGCAGGACCCCCAAGGCACUGAGGUGCCUCUGAAUGGCAUGAUUGUGUUGCACUGUCGUCCCCCGGAGGGAGUGCCUGUGGCUGAGGUGGAAUGGCUAAAAAACGAAGACUCUUUGAACUCGGACGGUGUCAUUGAUACAAGAGGAGACCAUAAUCUUAUCAUCCCAGAAGCCCGCCUCUCCGAUUCGGGAAACUAUACAUGUGUCGCCAACAACAUUGUGGCCAAGAGACGCAGUGCCACAGCUACUGUCAUAGUUUAUGUGAAUGGAGGUUGGUCAUCGUGGACAGACUGGUCCCCCUGUAAUGUACGUUGCGGCCGCGGAGUGCAGAAACGUACUCGCACUUGUACGAAUCCAGCUCCUCUCAACGGAGGAGCCUUCUGCGAGGGCAUGUCGGUACAGAAGAGCACCUGCAACACACUGUGUCCAGUGGAUGGCAGCUGGGGAGAGUGGAGCGAGUGGUCAGUGUGUAGUUCAGACUGUGCGAGGCAGAGGAGUAGAGAGUGUACGCAUCCAGAACCCAAACAUGGAGGACGACUGUGUGAUGGAGUGGCGCUGGCUACAGAGAACUGCACCAGCGGCCUGUGCACACAAAAUCGAAAGUUGCUACAUGAUGCUAAACCACAGGGUGUGGAGAACAGCAGUGAUGUGGCCUUGUACUCAGGCCUAGCUGCGGGGGUGGUGACGGUGGUGCUGCUGAUCGUCGCUGUCACUCUUUACCGAAGGAGCCAGAGCGAGUACGGUGUUGACGUCAUCGACUCCUCCGCCCUGACCGGGGGCUUCCAGUCCUUCAGCUUCAAGACCUCUCGCCAAGCAAACCCCCUGCUUAUUAAUUCGUCCAUGCAACCCGAUCUGACAGUGUCACGUACCUACACCAGCCCCAUGUGUUUUCAGGACUCCAUUGACAAGGAGUUGAUGGCAGAGCGCUCCCUUCUUGACCCGUUGCCUGAUCUCAAGGUCAAAGGGGUAACAGAAAGGGCAGAGUACCACGUCAUGUCCCACCCUCAGACGUUUCCAAGGGGCCUGGCUCCAGACUACAGAGGGGUCGCGAUGGGGACAACGCUGGGCAGAAGAGAAAAAAAUCUUUUCACCCCACAAGUCACGCUGACUCCCAGCAGGCCUCAUCACAAAGCAACAGCAGUGUUUGGCCAUGCAGGAGGCAGACUGGUGGUACCUAACACAGGUAUCAGUCUGUUGGUGCCUCAUGGGGGGAUCGCAGAAGACACUACCUGGGAAAUGUACAUGAUCAUCAACCAGGAGGACAGCAGCACUUUGUCUGAGGAUGGACCAGAGAUCUUUUUGAGUCCUGCAGUCAUGUAUGGCCCACCAGGCCUUGACCUGUCCUGUCCGAUAGCCAUGACCAUAGCCCACUGUGCUGAGGUUGCAGCUGAUAAUUGGACCAUCCGACUUAAGAGGAAAAUGAAGGACAACCAAUGGGAGGAGGUGAUGUCCGUGGAUGAGGAGAGCACAUCCUGCUACUGUCUGCUGGACGCCCAGAGGUGCCACGUGCUUUUGGAGCAUCCGGGUCACUACGCCCUGGUGGGGGAGCCGCUGAGCCAGGGGUCUGCCAAGCGGCUGAGGCUGGCUGUGUUUGGUAGUCCGGACUCCAGCAACUCUCUGGGCUUCACCCUCAGGGUUUACUGUGUGGACGACACGCCGCAUGCAUUUCAGGAGGUGGCAGUGGGCGAGCACAGCAGGGGGGGACGGCUGCUGGAGGAGCCGAAAAUGAUGCUGUUCAGGGGGAACACGUUCAGCCUCCAGGUGUCCAUCCAGGACGUCCCACAGUUACUCUGGAGCAUCAAGCCUUUCACCACCUGCCAGGAGUUCUCCUUUUCUCAGGUGUGGGCCAGUAACCAGCGUCCCCUGCAGUGUGCCUUCUCUUUGGAGCGAUACAGCCCCUCCUCGUCUCAGCUCUCCUGCAAGAUCAGUGUCCGACAGGUCCAGGGCGAGGAGCAGAUACUCCAGGUCUACACGUCUGUGGUGGAGAAUGAAAAGGGAGUGGUUCCCUUUUUCACUCAGUCGGAUUGUACCAUCACCUCUCAGACAGGGUCAAGGGCCUUUAAAAUCCCCCUGUCCAUCCGUCAGAGAAUCAGCGCCACCUUUGACACCGCUAAUGCCAAGGGGAAGGACUGGCAGCUCUUAGCCCAGAAACUCCACAUAGACAGGAACCUGUGCUAUUUUGCAUGCCAGGAGAGCCCAUCUUCAGUGAUUCUGAGUCUGUGGGAAGCUCAACACCAGGACUCAGGGGAUUUGGAUUCUCUGGCCAGUGCCCUUGAAGAAAUCGGCAAGGUCCAGUCCCCCAGGGCUGCCACGCUUGGCUUCAGUAAAGGAGACCGGGACUCUGAAUUCACUAAACUUGGGUAG